AUGACCUCCACCGAUAUUGACAGCUACACACAAUACGCUCUCCAUCUGGACCCAACCACAAAAAGCAUCUCCCUAGCUACCUCAGAGGGUCAGACUCCAACACAACUCGAGACCAUCAAUAGCGAACUUCAGAAGUUGAAUAUACUGCACCGUGCAUUGGUCGGCCUAGACUCACCCAACGUUCCCCCACCACCUCUGCCCAUCAACCCUAAGCGCAGUGCACAAAUCACCAAACUACGCGAGACUGCCAACACUGCAUUCCGCAAAUCCAACUAUACGGAAGCCAUCAAGUUAUACGGCUACGCUAUAGACAUGGCGAUGAGCCGGCCGGCGUGGGAACCGGUCAACCUUGUCCGCGACGAGCUAUCGGGACUCUAUUCAAACCGCGCGCAAGCAUAUAUGUCUGAACAGCUGUGGCCGGAGGGCUGGGUUGACUCGAAAUGCAGCGUAGAGUGCAAGCCUGUUGGUAACGUUAAGGCGUGGUGGCGCGGCGGGAAAUGCCUUGUUGAGAUGGGACGAUGGGAUGAGGCUCGCGCCUGGACUGAGCAGGCCCUGGGAAUUGAAGGGCCGGCAAGCGAGGGUGGCAAGGAGCUUGUUUCAUUGCUGGAAGAAAUUCAAGCUGGGAGCAAGAAGGCAUAA